GGAAGCUGUGCAUGGAUUGUGUGGCGCCUACCGGAGUGGAAAUUGAUGAUUGCCGCGAACGCUUACCUCGCCGACACGACGAGCCACCUUGCCCAGAGCGCCGGUAUGACAUACGGCGUGCUGGCGGCUUUGAAACUCGGUGCCGACGACUUGGUCGUUGUUAGCAAUUCAAGGCUGGCGUUGUUGCACUCGCUAGGGGCAGCUGAUUCCGGGGCGAUGACUCAACCAAGUUACCACGAGGAGGUCACGACCCGACUGCGAUCUGUGAGAUACAUUCACGUCGCACAGGAAUGCAAUGCUGCCGCUGAC